ACUUGAUUUCCAACCUGAGAAAACUCAUUAACUAUCUUUUUCUCAAUGCUUGUAUACACGUCGGUUCUUAAAAUCGGCCAUUAUAAUAAAAAGACUAUGCGCCGUUGAGCCACUGCUAACCUGAUUCUCCUUGAUAUUCAGGAUGCAUUUUCAAAUAGUUUAUACCAUAAUCGGUUUUUCAAACUCAAAGUUCUGCUCAUGAUCGUUCAAUCGAUGUAUCCAUUUAUUUUCACGUAUUUGAGAAAACUUGUCUCGUCGCAGGAAUUAUUAAAGUACAUGUAUCAGUCAAAAUUUAGGUGGAGGGGGGAAUCAUCUUUUUCUCGUGGGAAAUAUUGCGACGAUCUCGUUCAAAGAAGUCUAAUGCUCUACGAGGGGUUUGCUCAAAUAAAAAAGAACCAAAAACAAAAUGGACAGUACAGCAGUCGAGGUACCUUUGGCGUCAGCCAAAACCAAAAAAGGAGUCUCGUCGAAGGAGGAAAUAAUUUUUGCAUCAGAAGUUGCAGAGGAGGAAGUGGAGGAAGUUGAGGAAAUAGUUGAGAUUAUAGAGGAGAUAGAAGAGAUCGAAGAAGUGGUAGAAGAGGAAAUUGAGGAAACAGAAAACUUGGAAGAAUCUGCAAACGAUUUGAGAGGUGUGGAACACAUUGGUCAACAGAAUCAAUCGAGCGCCGAAUCAAAUAUCUAUGUAUACGGAAGUAACGAAGAGGAAGAUAGCCAAGAAUAUUCGGCCCAUGAAGAAGAUCAAUACAGGAAAGUAAAAACUUCCAAACCUCAACCGGAACGUCAUACUUAUCAAAGGAACAAGAAAAGUUCGGUGGUAACUUAUGACGCAGAUGAGGAUUGGGAGGACGAAGAGAAUGAUCAACCGUCCGUUGAAGGUCGAAAUGUGAAAAAUAACACAGGGAAAAAUCACAGUGUUGAAAGCUCGGCUGGACAAAAAAUACACUCCAUUAAUGGCAAGAGAUCAGCCAGUAUCAGAGAUGACGGUUAUUCGUCAUCCAACAAGUCGAACAUCGAGCCUGUCUACAAAGUUGCUAAAACCAGAUCAUCCAUGGACUUUAGCAAUACACAAAACAUGAGGAAUACUUUGAUAAUGCAAGAAAAUGAGAUCGAAGAUGAAGAGGACCAACACGAGAUCGUUAAAAGCUCUGAGAAUAAUUUGGUGUAUACAGUCCUUGGAUCGAAAAAAUCAACAAGUGCUAUUGCCAGAUCAAAGGACAAUGUCUCCAAUCAAAUGCAGAUGGAGCGCCUCGAAGAAGGCACAGUCCCGAUCGAGGGAACGAUUUAUUAUGAGGGUGAUAACAUGGAAACUGUUUACGUGGCACAGUCUAUCGCAGAGGAUGGUGAACAAUACCAGUACGAAGAACAGUCUAUAGAACAAGGAGAACAAGAAUGGGAAGGGGCGAAUGAAGCUACCAACGAAAAUCAAGAGCAAGAGGAAGAAGAGGAGGCUGAAGAAGGAGAAGCAGUGCAGGAUCAAAUAUUCCUUCACGAGGACGAAGACGGUCAGUUGUAUUUCAAAGACGAGAGUGGAACGCUCCAACCGGUGUAUCUGACUGCAGAUGGCAAUUACGCGAUAGCGGAGAACAGCAGUGAUGAACAAGAGGUUCAAAAUAAUACAAACAAUCGUCAAGAAACCUCAACUGCACAAGCCGACGAUCCCAAGACAUUUGACGACGAUAGCUUUAUCGUUCCGGAACUUGAUGGUACAGUUUCCAGUUCAAACCCAAAUGAUCCCGACAAUGAGGACAACACCGUUACUAUCUCGCUCAUUAUUUCCGAAGAUGAAAACGGUCAAAAGAGAACCCAAGUCAUAAUACCGACUACUGAUAAUCUCAAGUGUGAACUGUGCGCAAAAAGCUUCAAAACCUCGUUCCAACUGUUGAGACAUAACAGGCUUAAACACGCAAGAGAAGAAGACAUUACCACGCGCAAUUUCCCGUGUGAUCUAUGUCCUAAAAGAUACACCGAUCAAAAUACUCUGGCGCGUCACCGAAAAACUCACAUCGGCGAUCGCCCGUUCGGAUGUCUCGAAUGCGGUAAGAGUUUUCCAACGUCAACGGCGUUGCGUCGUCAUUUGACCCAACACAAUCCCCAGUCUCGUCCAUUGCCUUGUAUCUAUUGCGGUCGACGAUUCCUGGAAAAGUCGGCGUUGACGAAACACGAGCAAUCGCAUCUGGCGGGCGAUCAACGGACGCACACCUGCGACGUUUGUCACAAGACGUUCCUAGAGGCUGCCGACCUCAAUAUGCACAAGAAGAAUCAUGAUCCGGACAAGAAAUUCGACUGCGAGGUGUGUGGUCGGGAAUUUAAUCGGUUGAACAAUUUGCAGCGUCACAUGAUGGUGCAUAAGCAAGAUCAAAAAAAGAAACAAGAUGGGAAUCAAGAGAUACUGGCGUGCGACGUAUGCGGCAUAACGUACAAAUUUAUGAGCUCGUUGACGCGACACAUGGUGACGUCACACAUGAAUCCGGAAAAAUUGCGGCAGCAGGCGGAUGAGCAGCGAAAAAAGCGCGAAAACAAUUAUCGCCGAUAUUUGGAAAAUCGAAAAAUGUACGAGACUCAACGUACAGGAACGGAGUACAGCGGUACCGGAAGUGGCAAACGUUCCAGUGGGUAUAGAUCUAAUAACGACAAUGAUGAGGACACAGCCUGAGGGCAUGAAGUAUUCGAUUAACCCUACGGAUUCGACGAGAAGAGGUAGCGCCGGCUUCUCGUGCUGUUCCGGGAAUUUCAAAGAUGUACGGACGUUAUUUUUGCCUCUGUCAUUUUCCUGGUGACAACUUGAUCAAAUAUCGUCGCCGAUUUGAUAAGGACGAUAAUAUUUAUCGCAGGACGUGAAAAGCAUUUAGAUAUUAAUUGACAAAAAAAGGAAAGGAAAGCGUUGAAAAGACGUAUUGAGUACGGAUCAAUAUUGUUGCUUUAGGAUGUGCUAGUUAAAAUCCGGAAAAAAGGAAAAAAAUAUCUUAUGAAUUAAGAAUAUUGUGUACAAGCGUGAAUUACAUUUUCCGUAUUACUCUGAAGACUACCAAUAAUGUUUGAUUAAACAUGGAUCUAUGAAAAAAUCGGUGUACGAUUUAUAUCACUUAGUACAUAACGAGAUUAAAUGAGUUAUCGUGAAAGCGAACUUUUUGAAUAAAACUUGAUAAAUUUUUGAUUGCAUGCUCAGAACAGGAAAAAUUAUGUACGUAAUCGUUUGUAGAAGCUUUUACGAUUCUAAUGGGAAAUUAAAACGGUAACAGUUUUACAUCAACGAAAAA